AGAACUGUGGUGAUGUUUUGACCAAGAAGAAGCUCGAUCCGCACCGAUCACGCUGCCACGGCGCAACAUUCACCUGCAUCGAUUGCAUGACCUACUUUUACGGAACAGACUAUCGCAGCCACACGAGCUGCAUCUCAGAGGAGCAAAAGUACCAAGGUGCCCUCUACAAGCCCAAGCCGCCAAAACGCAACCAGCAAAACAACCAAUUCGAGGACCAGACGCCUGCGGCGCCCGAACCACCGAAAGACAUGGCACACGUCGCUUAUGUCGAGGAUGCACCCGAGGAGAACGAUGACUACGAAGCCUUCAACGAUGAUGUGGACGAUGUCAGACCCAGGAGAGGACCUAUGCCCGAGGCGCCAACGCCUCCGUCAGCCAUGGAUCAACACCCCAACGUUUUCGACUUCCUCGUCGGCAACCCCACGCCCAAGGCAUCGCAUUCUGACCUCAGGGCUGAGGCCGGCAUUCAAGAGCCAGCCAGUGAAAGCACACAACUGGUACGAUUCCAGUACGAUUCAGCCCCAGCAGUCGACGACAAGGAGAUCGCAAAGGAUGGAGAGCUGGUUAAAUUCGGGUCGUUAGAAACCCCAGGCAACAAGGACAAGAAGCGCAAGCGUCUGCACGUCGACACUCGCGAUGCCAUCAUGACAGAUGCGCCACCCGUCCUGCACUCGGGCCUCACUGGUGGCCUCAAGGGUCUGAUGCGUGGGCCGUCUGUCUUCCCUCCCUCUCCCGGAGACUCGGCCGACGCUGCCGAGACACCAGCCAGUCCGUUGAAGAAAUCGCGCCACUCAAAGCAUGGCAGAAACCGAGUGGAAAGCAUCGGAAACAAUCUGAUCUCGAUGCUAACGAGCAGCAAGCCUGCCAAGACCAAGAAGCGUAAGCAUGGUUCGCCAUCGGCCAAGAAGUCGUCCAAGCACAAGUCGGAGCACCGCAGAAGCUCCUCCGACGCUGAAAAGCCCAAGAACCUUAUCGAGUACAGGCCCGGUUCCAAGGACAGCAGCAAGGAUGGCGACGGCAAGACCAUGGUCGUCUUCAACAAGCAUCAGAGCCCCGCCGACCACCUCCUGAGUCUUGUCAACAAGGGCCCAGACAGCGAGCGUGGACUGAGCAUGAAUAAGGCCCUCAAGCGCUACCAUCGCGAGCGCAGCGAGUCCGGAUCCAGCCUUGGCAAGCUCAUGGAAGAGAAGGAGCUCUGGCGGUCUCUACGCCUGCGUAAAAACGACCGUGGCGAGGUUGUGCUCUUCUGUGUCUAA